UUCCCGCAGCAGGUGUGUGUGAGAGGUCACGGGAAGCUGCAGCCGCUCCCCGGAUCCCAGGACCGACCUCCCCCCGGUACCUCCUGCUCCUCCUCCCGGCCCCGAGCCCGCUCACCGAGCCGCCACCUCCGCCUUCCUCUCCUCACUGCUCGCAGACAUGUCCGCGGGAGGAGACUUCGGGAACCCGCUGAGGAAAUUCAAACUGGUCUUCCUGGGCGAGCAGAGCGUUGGGAAGACAUCUUUAAUUACCCGGUUCAUGUACGAUAGUUUUGACAAUACUUACCAGGCAACGAUUGGUAUUGACUUCUUAUCCAAAACAAUGUACUUAGAGGAUCGAACAAUCAGAUUGCAGCUUUGGGAUACCGCUGGUCAGGAAAGAUUCCGCAGCUUGAUCCCCAGUUACAUCCGUGAUUCAGCAGCUGCCGUAGUUGUUUACGAUAUCACAAAUGUAAACUCAUUCCAACAGACCACAAAAUGGAUUGAUGAUGUCAGAACGGAGAGGGGAAGUGAUGUGAUAAUCAUGCUAGUUGGAAAUAAAACGGAUCUUGCUGACAAAAGGCAGGUGUCCAUUGAGGAAGGGGAGAGGAAAGCAAAGGAACUGAAUGUAAUGUUUAUUGAAACUAGUGCAAAAGCCGGUUACAAUGUAAAACAGCUCUUCCGACGUGUGGCAGCCGCCUUGCCAGGCAUGGAAAGCUCACAGGAUAAAAGCAGAGAAGACAUGAUUGACAUCAAAUUGGAAAAGCCUCAAGAAGCACCAGUCAAUGAAGGGGGCUGCUCGUGUUAACACCAUCCUCCCCUUCUGCAGGACAUCACUGAAGACUGCCCCAGAUCCCCCUCUCCGUAUUAACUCUUUAACAGCUGUGUGAAUAUCAGCUUGACCCUCAUACACCCCUCCCUUUCAUCGCCCGUCUCGCACCCCUCCAUCGCUGGCUGUCUUGUGGCCCUAUGAACAAUCAGCUUCACAGGCUCAUUAAUAUACACACAUACAUUAUACAGUGUCUUCAUUAUUUAAGUGGCACAGAUAUAGUUUAAAACUAUUUUGCCUGUUCUUGUUCCAUCUUAAAGCUACAGUUCACAUCUGGUGGGGACCUUCCACUUGAGUCUACAUGUGAAUCGUACGAUGAUGCAAAGAUGUCUCUUUAUGCUAUCUGUAAACCUUUGGGGCAGUUUGGGAAGGGGUACAUUGUAUGGAGCAUGGUUAAUUAAUGUGCUCAAUAGUUUUUGGGGUUUUUUAUUGCCGAUUUGGACGGAUGACCGCAAAGGGUCUGUAGAGAUUAAUAUUCGGGUUUGGUAGGCACCAUAAGAAACAAAGAAUUAAGUUGUGGUCAUACGCCUUACUAUUUUAUAUUGCAGCAUGUUCAUGUUUGCAGAGUGUGAACUGCUGCUUUAAAUAGUGAUCAUUUUAUUAACUUUUUUUUUUUUAAUAAAGUAUAAAUAAUGCACUUUGUAAUAUUGCAGAGUAGAAUCACUAACCAGAGUUCUUUUUCAGUGUUUGGUGAAAUGUUUGCGCUUUCCAAUUUCCACUUGCCGUAUGUGAGCAUUACUUUGGUCACGGUUUUCCCUCCUUUAAUAAUGUCCGCAUGGAGUCGAUGAAUCUUGCUGUUAGAUGAGAUGGUUUGCAAACCAACACCCCGGCGUGGGCAUGGUCUCAAUCACCAGUCCGCAAAACACACUAACAACCGUUUUUAAAUCGCAGCAUCGUAAUAUAUUCAGCUGUGUCUGAAAGCCAGUUCUAUACAUUGUUUCUGUCUAUGACCUAGAUUGCAAAUGAUGAUUAAAACCAAAUCUUUCAUGGUAUUAAAGGAAAUCCCAACCA